UGCGUUUUGAAACGCAACGUUGCAACGCACAAUUUGUACGCACUAUAAACCUGCUUGCGUUUUCAAAUUUUUUUGAAGUGGAGAAAUGAAAACACCAUCAAAAAUAUCAUGGAAUGAAGAAAUAACAAAAAGAUUUGCUGAAAUGUUGGAACCUGAAGAGGUUAUUUGGAAUCAGGCGCAUCCUGAUCAUAAGAAGACAUUUUCUGUGAUGGAAAAACUUUCCAUCAUAGGAAUUAAAUUAUCAGAAGAGUUUCCAGAUUAUGAUUGUAGUGUGAAUUACCUAAGGAAACGCCUUAGGAACUUUAAGGAUCAACUCAACAAGGAUAAAUUAGCAAGACCUUCAGGAUCUAGAGGAGGGGUGCAUGAAUAUAAAUAUAAGAAAUAUAUUAAUUUCAUGCAAGCCACGGUUGCUGACAUACCUACUGUCAGUAAUUUUCAGGAAUCCCCUCCUCAAACAAGGAACCCUGCUAAAAAUCAAAAUGAUUUGCAAAAGCUUAUGAGUGUAUUGGAAAAAAAAUCUUCUAGUAUCCAAAUCUUUUUGGAUAGCCUGGUUGAUGUAUUGGAAGGUUACGAUUCUGAUGAAGACUAUUUCUUCAAGACAGAAGUUUUAAAAACAAUGCAAAUUAUCAAGAUUAAUAGAAGAAAUACACAAACAGCAGAAACAUCUGAAACAACUUUAGAUAUUUUUAAUACUAUAUAA